AUCACACUAUAAGUACUAAUGUUGCAAAAUAUUUGCAAAUUAGAGUUGGGAAGCAUUAAGGAUGGAGCAGGAACAUGGAGUAAAGGGGAUGGGAUAUGGAAAGAUCAAACCCACAUUAAUCUUUCCAACAGUUUUUGUACCAGGGAGAAGUGGACAUUAUAUUUCCCCGACAGGGAUGUUCAUUAUUCUGUCAUGGCUUUUUGCUCUGUUAAGAAACUUUUGAUAUCUACACUAUGUAUACAUCCUGAGGGGGGUGGUUCUCUCUUUCAUGGGCUGUACAGUGUAUAAUAGAGGUUUGUGCAAUCCCAAAGGGUAUGGAUUUUUAGCCAUUUUGGUCAUAAAUAGGGUGUCUAUUUUGGCUAUUUUGGUCUCAAGUAGGGUAUGGUUUUUGCACUCUAGCCUUGAAUUUGGUACGUUUUUUAGACGAGGCUAUUUUUUCAUCAUUAUCGAUAAGACCAUCAACAAAAGCCCUUCACAGUGCCUUUAACAUCAGUCUGAGCUAGGGAAUUAGUUAUAAGUCAGGUCUGAAACAGGGUAUUGAUGUAAGGUUCAGGUCUUAAGAAAAGUGUAUCAAAGUUUGGUCAGAUCAUAAAUGGGGCAGGGAAAAUAGCAGAUUUUGGUCUUAAGAGGGUAAGAAUUUUGAGAAGCUGGCUGCAGUGCACUCCCCCACCCAAUUGUUCCGGGGUUGCAAUUCCAUUAUUCUCACAUUACAACCUGUGGUGUUUUAUAAUAAAAAAAGACAGCCUCUGGGCAACAUUUUCAGUUGACUGGUCAAAAUCCUAUUUUCAGGGUACUGUGGAAAUUUGCACAAGUCUGGUGACAAGAUUGUCUUCAUACAUGCCAUUGAUGUGGAAAAAAGACCAGUUGUAAUGCAUCCUCAUGGGAUGGCAUUCCGUGAUAGUUACAUGUCAUGGAUAGACAAAAGUCAAAGUGAAUGCAAAAAAAUGAUGGAGUCAUUUGCUGACAAAUGCAGAAACCAAAAGUACAACUUCAAACUGGUUACAGAAGUUGGCAAAGCUGGAGAAGUUAUCUGUCACACGGCAGAUAAAGAAAAAGCAGAUCACAUUGUGAUGGGUAGGCGAGGGCUGGGAACUGUAAGACGGACACUACUGGGGAGUGUUAGUGAUUAUUGUCUUCAUCAUUCCUCGGUUCCUAUAUCAGUGGUACCGCCAUGUCAACAAUAACAAAACUCAAAUCACUGAAGAUGUUAAGUUUUUUUUUUUUAAGGAAAGAGAAUGUUGUCUCAGCUCUUCAUGUUGUUGUACAAAGUGGCUAGCACCGGAAUGUCUUUCUGUAUUUUAUUGUUAGUAGUAAUCACACGCCUAAGUCUGGCUUUAAACAACAUGUGUAAAGUGAUUGGAUGCCUUUUCUCUGCAUAUUAGACAGUUUGUGCAUUAUAUAUGUGUCUAAAUUUAUUAAAGUUCAAAGAGAAUAUUUAAUACA